CGCCGAGAAUGGAAUAUUACAAACAUAACACAACGCUUCGAUAUCGCGAGUUUAACUUAUCUGCGUUCCCAUUUUUUCGUUUGAUCUUGCGCAUCCGUUAUCUGUAUUGCUUUGAUCAUCACCCGCAUAAUCAUGCGGAUGUAACCUGCGUAAUUGUUCGACCCGAUGAUUAAAUGAUUGCGUUGCUGUCGCUGUCCGAUUACGCGGCUCGAAGUACGUCCACGAAUACACGUCCAAAGUAUACGCGUUGCGUGAAAGCGAAUGCGUGCGCUCGUCAAAAAACCGAGUGAACGAACCGAGAAAAGUGGAAUCGAAUCGGACGUGGUGGGGAAGAAGGGGCUUGCUGGUAUCCCGAUCCCGUUCGAUUCGACUCGACCCGAGCGCAGUUUCUGAUACGCGAUGGAAGGAUCACGAUCCACCGACGGAACGUCGUUCGAGCUGUUGAGCCGGCUACUGGAGAUCCUGCGGGAGGAAAAUGCGUUUAACGAGUCGGGAGAUGAGCCCGUGGUGCGGUUCGUGCAGCCGGAGGAGCUUAGGAAUCGGAUGCCGAUGGACUUGGACGAGGAACCAGCCACCAAGGAGGAGAUCGAGACUGCCGUGCGACAGACCAUCAGGUACUCUGUAAAAACGACCAGCCCGCAUUUCCACAAUCAACUGUACGCCGGCAUCGAAGUGUACGGCUUGGCGGGUUCCUGGUUGACGGACGUACUCAAUACGAGCCAGUACACGUAUGAGGUGUCCCCGGUGUUUACGUUGAUGGAACGGCAAGUGAUCGGAAAGUCGCUGAAACUGUUCGGCUACCCUCAGUUUCCGGAAGGCGACGGCAUCUUCUGUCCCGGUGGAAGCAUCUCCGCCAUGUACGGGAUGGCGGUCGCGCGGUUCAACAAGUUUCCGGACGUAAAACGGAAGGGUCUCGCGGGUCUGCCGCCGCUGGCGUGCUUCACCAGCGAGGCUGGCCAUUAUUCGAUCACGAAGGGAGCUCACUGGCUCGGAUUGGGAACCGAUCACGUCUACAAGGUGGAGACCGACGAGUUGGGUCGCAUGCGACCCGACAAGCUGAGCUCCGCCAUCGCGGAAGCCAGGAAACAGGGAAACGUGCCGUUCUUCGUGAACGCCACCUGCGGAACGACGGUCCUCGGCUCGUUCGAUCCGCUGCCCGAAGUCGCCGCGAUCUGCAAAAAAGAGGAUCUAUGGUUGCACGUCGACGCCUGUCUCGGCGGUACGCUGCUGCUGUCGGAAAAGUACCGGGCGCGGCUAAAGGGGGUCGAGCUCUCGAAUUCCGUGGCGUGGAAUCCGCACAAGAUGCUCGGCGCCCCGUUCCAGUGCUCGAUGUUCCUGACCAAGGGUAAGAAUCUGAUGCACGAGACGAAUUGCGCGGGGGCAAAGUACCUUUUCCAGCAGGACAAGCACUACGACGUAUCGUGGGACACGGGCGACAAGAGCUUGCAGUGCGGAAGAAAGGUGGACACUCUGAAACUGUGGCUGAUGUGGAAGGCGCGAGGCACCAGGGGUCUUCGCGAAUCCGUCGACACAGCCAUGCACGCCGCCGAAUACUUCUUUGAGCGCAUCAAGAACCGCGAAGGAUUUCGGCUGGUUCUCCCCAGCUACGAGUGCUGCAACAUCUGCUUCUGGUACGUGCCGCCGAGCAUGCGCGGCCAAGAGGAAACGCAGGAUUGGUGGAACAAGUUAUACAGGAUUACUGCCAAGAUCAAGGAGCUCAUGAUGCUGGAUGGCUCGUUGAUGAUCGGCUACACGCCGCUCACCUAUAAAAAUCACGGGAACUUCUUCCGUAUGGUCGUCACUUGCCAACCCCCUAAAACGGAAGCUUCGAUGGACUUCGCGAUCGACAAGCUCGAACAAUUGGCUCGUGAUUUGUGAGCGAUAACGCCCGCGGUUUUCACGUAACGAAAUUGUUUGCGAAACGUCAUUCGAUUUGACACGGCUCGCCCUAUCCGGACGAAUGGUCGUUGCUUUAUUGGUAUUCUCGACCGGUGUUCGCGCGUAUUCUCAACGCGUUUUCGCGACUCAAUGUGAGCCAAUAAAAACGAUGUGCCUCGACCGCACAUAACGCAUCCACUCAUCCACGCAUCCACACGUAUACAUCCAACGACACGCACACUCCCGUUUCGGGUUCGUUGCAUUCGUUCAAUUCCAUGCAAUGGCACUAAUUCGUUCGAUAUGAAACUCGAAGAGAAGUCGUUUGUCUGUACAAUAAAAAAAGAAUAACCGUA